GCUUGCUGUCUCACUCCAACGUGCACUAUCGCCGGGCCAUUUGUGGCCGUUGGGUUGGCACCGCGUGUCAAUAAUCACAAGACUUGUCAGGUGUUGUCGAAAAACAGGAUUCAGGUUUAGUGGCGUUUUUCCGGGAUAAAGUGCCAGGUUUUGUGCGAAAAUGUCCUCGUCGCAAGUUCCCGCAGGGGCGGACCCUAAAAUCAAGGAGAUUAUCACUUCGCUGGAUGACGAAAAAAUAGACAUGCUGGCGGCGACUAGUGUCUUGCAGCAGCGGGCCACCGAUAUUCGGGCCCAAAAAGUCAACUGGCAGUCGUACUUCCAGUCGCAGAUGAUAUCGCAGGACGACCAUCAAUUUAUCGCAGCGUUUGAUGUGUCCGAUAGCGCAAAACGCGAGAAAUUGCUCCAAACUGAUCGCCUGCAGUGUGCACAAACCUUCCUCAAUUUGCUGGGGCAUGUCUCCAAGGACCAGACGUUGCAAUACAUCCUUGUCCUCAUCGAUGACAUGCUGCAGGAGGACCGCUCGCGUGUUGAAAUCUUCCACGAAUACGCCAACAAGAAAAAAGAAUCGGUAUGGGGGCCCUUCUUGAACCUGCUGAACCGUCAAGACGGCUUCAUCACGAACAUGACGUCACGAAUCAUCGCGAAAAUCGCCUGUUGGUCGCAGACGCCAAUGGAGCGCUCCGAUUUGCACUUCUACCUCACGUGGCUCAAAGACCAGCUCAAAAUGCAGUACGAUGAUUUAGCCGUACAAUUGGCCAAAUCGGACGCAACACGAGGCCCAAGCGGUGAACAAGCCACCGAAACUUACACGGAGGUUUCGUUUGACGAACAACAAACACCUACCGAAAUUACGAACAACGAAUACAUCCAGUCUGUGGGCCGUUGUCUCCAAAUGAUGCUCCGCAUCGACGAAUAUCGCUUCGCUUUCGUCUCAGUGGACGGCAUUUCGACCCUUUUGUCCGUACUUUCGGGCCGCGUCAACUUCCAAGUGCAAUACCAGCUGAUUUUCUGCCUUUGGGUGUUGACUUUCAAUCCGCUAUUGGCCGAAAAAAUGAACAAAUUCAACGUGAUUCCAAUCCUGGCCGACAUUUUGAGCGAUUCGGUCAAGGAGAAGGUGACCCGUAUUAUUUUGGCCGUUUUUCGGAACCUGAUCGAGAAACCCGAGGAUGCGCAAGUGGCCAAAGAGCACUGCAUUGCGAUGGUGCAGUGCAAGGUUCUGAAGCAGCUAAAUAUCCUCGAACAGAGGAAAUUCGACGAUGAGGAUGUGGCCGGCGAUGUGGAGUUUCUGACUGAGAAGUUGCAAAAUUCCGUUCAGGACUUGAGUUCCUUCGAUGAGUACGCAACUGAGGUCAAGUCAGGGAGAUUGGAGUGGUCGCCAGUCCACAAGAGCAAGUUUUGGCGAGAAAAUGCGCAAAGACUCAACGAGAAGAAUUACGAGUUGUUGAGGAUUUUGAUUCAUUUGUUGGAGACGAGCAAAGAUCCCCUGGUUUUGAGUGUCGCAAGUUACGACAUAGGGGAAUACGUCAGGCAUUAUCCCAGAGGAAAACACGUUAUUGAACAAUUGGGUGGGAAACAACUAGUGAUGCAAUUGUUGGCUCAUGAAGACCCCAAUGUUCGCUACGAGGCGCUGUUAGCUGUCCAAAAAUUGAUGGUUCAUAAUUGGGAGUAUUUGGGGAAACAGUUGGAGAAGGAACAGAGUGAUAAAACGGCUCCCAAAGGUGGCGCCCCAGUCGCGGGGAAAGCCUAAAUUGUUGUUAUUAGCUCCGCUUAUUAAAUUUCAAGUAUU